AUGGGAGAUGGGAAUUCCAAGAAAAGCAAGCUCUCAUGGUCAAAGAAGAUGGUCAGGAAGUGGUUCAAUAUCAAGAGCAAAACUGAGGACUUUCAGGCAGAUGAUGUUGUUUAUGGAGGAGCUGAGGUUGAAUACAGGACUAGCUUCUCAGAGAGGGAACCGUGCACGAUUAAGAAAAGCAAAACAGAGAAGUUCAGCAAGAACACUGAGCAGGUCCGUCGACGAAAGAUGAAUCUUGACCAUCCUCGAAUCAUAGAUGUGCAGAACCAUAGCAUUUUUGUUGCUACAUGGAAUGUGGCCGGAAGAUCUCCACCAAGCAACUUAAAUAUGGAUGAGUGGCUUCAUGCCUCACCUCCAGCAGACAUUUAUGUUCUUGGGUUUCAAGAGAUAGUUCCACUAAAUGCUGGUAAUGUUCUGGGGGCAGAAGACAAUGGCCCUGCCAAGAAAUGGUUGGCCCUCAUUCGGAAAACUUUAAACAAUCUUCCAGGUACUAGUGGUGGCGGUGGCUGCUAUACGCCAUCUCCCAUCCCACAGCCAAUUGUUGAGUUACAUGCAGAUUUUGAGGGAUCUGCUAGGCAGAAGAGCUCAUCUUUUUUUCAAAGGAGAUCAUUCCAGGCAACCCCUAGCUGGCGAACGGAGAAUGACCCUUCAGCUUCACAACCCCGACUUGAUCGGAGAUUCAGUGUUUGUGAUCGGGUGAUCUUUGGUCACAGGCCAAGUGACUAUGAUCCCAACUUCAGAUGGGGUCACAGGCCAAGCGACUAUUCAAGGCAUAGUGACUACUCAGGUCCGAGUGACUAUUAUUCUAGGCCUAGUGACUACUCAAGGCCGAGUGACUUUUCUAGGUGGGGUUCGUCCGAUGAUGAUAAUGGACCAGGCGAUUCACCAAGUACUGUUUUAUUCUCACCAAUGUCCUAUGCUGGAUCUGCAUCCAAUGACAAUGGAUAUAGAAUGCCAGGGCAUUCAAGGUACAACUUAGUUGCAAGCAAGCAAAUGGUGGGCAUAUUUCUUACAGUAUGGGUCAAAAGUGAACUGAGGGAUCAUGUUAAAAACAUGAAGGUAUCAUGUGUAGGAAGAGGAUUAAUGGGAUACCUUGGAAAUAAGGGAUCCAUUUCAGUCAGCAUGUCUUUGCACGAUACAACCUUUUGCUUUAUUUGUACUCAUUUAACAUCAGGACAGAAGGAGGGUGAUGAGCUAAGAAGGAAUUCUGAUGUCAUGGAGAUCCUUAGGAAAACAAGGUUUCCAAAGGUUAAUGGCUCUAGCGCGUUGAAAAACCCAGAAACAAUCUUGGAGCAUGAUCGAGUUAUCUGGCUUGGGGAUUUAAAUUAUCGAAUUUCCCUCUCUUACCGCUCUGCUAAGGCAUUAGUCGAGAUGCAAAACUGGAGGGCCUUGUUAGAGAGAGACCAGUUAAGGAUAGAGCAAAAACGUGGUCGCGCAUUUGUGGGAUGGAACGAGGGGAAGAUUUACUUCCCACCAACCUACAAGUAUUCUACUAAUUCAGACAGAUAUGCAGGGGAUGAUAUGCACCCAAAGGAGAAACGUCGAACACCUGCUUGGUGUGAUCGAAUAUUGUGGUAUGGUGAAGGUCUCCAACAGUUAUCUUAUGUCCGUGGGGAAUCUAGGUUUUCAGAUCAUAGACCAGUUUAUGGCAUAUUUUGGGCGGAGGUUGAGUCAAGUCACAACAAACUGAAGAAAAGCACUAGUUAUUCUAGUUCUAGGAUUGAAGUAGAGGAGCUUCUGCCAUAUUCACAUGGAUAUACUGAGCUAAACUUUUUCUGAAGGAUGAGGGAACAAUGAUGACCCACAUCGGUCCCAUAUCAAGCGGGAAUCACUUUGAAGGACUCAUGAAGGCUGAUGGAGACAUUCCUCAUCCCACAAAUCGAAAAAGGUUGAUAUUGAAAUUUUUGUCAGUAACUACAUACAUCAACAGAAAAUUGUACAGUAACUACA